ACCCUGCAUUCGGAGCACGGUGCUAAAAUCGAUACAACAGCCGUCCCAACCUGCUUGUGCCAAUGUAGAAUAAUUUCGAUGUAAUUGUGCGUAACAAACAAUGACUGGAUUUGUAGCAGUACACACAGGUGCGGGAAAUUUCCUCGAUGAGACGCUAUAUGAACACGUAUGCCGAGAGGCCUGCAAUCAAGCAAUUAACGUGCUGUACGCUGGCGGAACCGCGUUAGAUGCAUGUGAGCGCGCAAUCGUGAUACUGGAGAACUCGACCGCCACAAAUGCGGGCAUUGGCUCGAAUCUAAACUGGGACCGACAGGUUGAGUGCGACGCAUGCAUCAUGGAUGGUGCGUCGUUACAGUUCGGGGCCUGCACAAACGUAACCGAUGUAAAAAACCCAAUCAGCCUGGCACGACACCUUUGCGAGAGACAAUCAAAAUUACUCAGCUUUGGACGGAUACCACCGAUGGUUUUGGUGGGCCAGGGUGCAUCGGCGUAUGCCCGAGAGAUAGGACUGCAGAUAGUUCCAGCGGAACACAUGAUCUCUGCCAACGCAGCUAAAAAGUAUGACCACUACCGAUCACAAAUCAUGCAGUACGAGGAAAUCAAUCGGUCGAAACUGUCUCCCCUGGAUACGGUUGGAGCCGUGUGUGUAGAUGCCGAAGGAUCAAUUGUGGCCGGCUGUAGUUCUGGCGGUCUCAUGCUCAAGCUAAGCGGACGUGUAGGCCAGGCUGCUACUUACGGAGCCGGGUGUUGGGCAUUGAUGGAUGAAAACACCAGCAUGUCGGCCGCUUCCUGUACGACUGGCAAUGGGGAAUAUCUUAUGAAAACGCUGUUCGCCAAGGAGUUGGUUGAUGAUCUGAUAGGAUGCAACUGUCCCAUUACUUCCCAACACUUGACGUACAAGAAGAAGCUACUUGAAUCGCCGUUCCUUUCCAAACAGAAGGCAAUACACGCCGGUUCGCUUUCGAUUAUCUACAACACUGCCAGCGGAGAUGGCGAUCUGCUCUGGGCACACACGACCAACUCCAUGUGCAUCGGAUUCAUGUCAACAAAGCAGAAAAAACCGAAGUUUGUACUGUCCAAACUUCCACAGAAUCUCACCUGUGGGACAAAGCCAGUCAUCAAUGGGCACCAUUUCAAGCUGAUCUAGGACAUGACAUCCAAUGGUACAACGUCGUACGGACGCUCAACAAACUAAUCUACAACCUAAAGUGAUUCGCAAUCUGAUAGAGUUACUAGUUUCACCAGAGAGAUUUAACCUGAGAUGCUACCUUCCGAUAUUCCUUGUAUAGAAAUAAAGCCUGCUAAGCCAAUCGAUUCAAUUAAA